AUGUGGAGCAGCAGCAGUGAGAAGUGUAAUGGAGACAACGGCUCAGUGGAUAAAGCAUUGAUCUCCUACCAGGACACCAACUCUAUUCCAGCUGAAGAGCGCCUGUCCAUCUGUCUGUGGUUUCUUGCCACUGGGGACUCCUACAGGACCAUUGCGGGGAGCUUCAGAGCAGGCAUAUCCACCGUCUCCAUGCUCAUCCCAGAUGUGGUGGCAGCCAUCUGGGACUGCCUCGUGGAGGAGUUCAUGGCUGUGCCUGGAGCAGAGGAGUGGAGAUCCAGCGAUGGAGGCAUCGUGUCCAACUCUGCCUUUGGUAAUGACUGCCAGACUCCACUGCGACUCCACUCCAACUUCAGGAGAGGAAAGAGAGAGAGCAGGAACUGA